AUGUCAUGCACUUUGAACUUAUGGACCCAUGACUCCACAUUGGCUUCUCAUAGUGCUAUAAUAAAUUACGAUUUGGUACCAGGUGCUAAGUUGGGAGAUGUUUUCGAAGUAAACGUUGCUCAUUCAGACGAAUAUGGCAGCGAACAUGAUGACUUGAGCCCGCUUUCGAGAAGCAGAAUUAGACGUACACAGGAACCCAUCUACCUUAAACCUUUCCCCUUAUCAGGAGAAUUAAAAAAGAAACACCCAAACUUGCAACUUUCUGUUAAGCACGAACUCAGUACACUGUUAGGGAGCCAUAGUCGCGAGCCUGUAUCUGUAAAGCCAUGCCCCGACAAAACAAUGAUUGAAGCAGAUCAUGUCGUGAUAUUUUUUCGCGAUCAAUUCAUCUCCAGAAGUGAUAUGUGGCGUCUAUCGAGAACUCUUUGUGAUACUUGUGUUUACCAAAAGCAACGGGUUUAUUUUUUAGGGAAUGUCCAGGGCGAAAUAGGCUUUAUUUGGAAAAAUGGAAAAAAAUGCAAAUCUGCUUACUUUACAGAAAGCACGAGACCCAUAUUUCGUUCUGAAAGUGCUAAGUUUCUUAUCUUUAUCCAAAUGAGUGAAGAGAUGUGGCAUUUCGAGGAAGAUGGUGAAUUGAAUUAUAAUAAAGCCAUAGAUGGAUUCCUGCCUGAUUUGUUUUCUUUAUGGAGAGAUUUGGGUGCUCAUCAUCUAAUAUCUAUAAUUUUAUUUACUCGUGUUGAAUACGGAAAUCAUGGUUCAAUGUGUGUCUGGCGCCCAGACAAUACUGGUCUAAACCAAAGAAUGAAACAGCAGACUCAGAGUUCUGCGGAUGAUUCUGAAGAAGGUGGCCCAUACAAAGAUUUUUUCAAAGUUGUUGUAGACAACGUUUCUAGUCGAGAUUGGCAGCCCACUCUUGCUAAUCUUAAAGUCGAACUGGCAAAGUUCAAGGAAAAUGUUUUAGUUCAGAAAACUAUAAACGAGUUUGGUAAUGAGGUUGAUUAUGUCUGUGGCAGAAUGACCGCUUCUCAAGAAGGCAACUUCCUAGAAGUCAUAAACAUGGCGGUUUAUCAAUUUCAGUCUGACUACAUCGAUCGAGAUUUAUCGAGAACUGGUACUAGUAUUAUUAUAGUAACACCUGGAAGCGGCUUAUUUGAAGUUGACGAGAAGAUGUUGCACUUGACGUCUAAGAGUCUUUUAAAUACAGUCGUCGGCAUGGAUAUUGUCUCUCUAGGCAAAGUUCCUCUGUACCUGACGCCUGUGCUUCGUUAUAAAAACCCUAGCAAGAGUACGAAAAAAUAUCAGCUUCUAGUACCAAAAUUUUCCGAAUCAUUACCAGGAUCUACUGGUGACAUUCCAGAAUCGUUUACUUCUUCCGUUUCAAAUUAUUCGGUUGGAUCCUUCCUUAAGAAUAUUCGAACGAGUAGUGAUUGGCUGUAUACAUUUCCUAUAGGCUGUAAUAUCAGCUUCUAUAGUACUACCGAAAUGCGUUCAUUGCGUUCACCUUGGGAGAAUCUAAUGCGCGAGUAUCAGUUUGAACCCACUGCUAAAAUGCAUGAAUUACAAAUGAUGGGUGUACUAGAGGCCGAGAGCGCCAAAAUUUCGAUUCCGCUACUUCAGUCGGAUCCUUCCCUAGCGGGUGGUAAUGUAUUUGAAGAAGAAGCUCAAGAGGAGUAUGAUGCUAAACAGUUUGUUAGCAAUCAUCUCCUUAAACCAUCAGAAACAAAUCGUCAACCUCUAUAUCGUAGUGCUACCCUUAGUCCCGGAAAAGAGUCCAUUCAAGACACUAGAUUUCCCAACUUGUCUUCUAUUACAAGCCGGGAUCAUCUUCGAAAUCCAAAUGAAAAAGACAUCGAUUUCAAAAGUCGUCAAAAAGACGCAUUGCGACCAAACACCAUGUCAAGUUUAAGCGAGAAGCUGAGGGAAUCAUCAAAGAAAAAUGUCAAUAUACCUUCAUCUCGUGCCUCAUCAAAGAUGAAAACGCCUUCGACUAGAUCAAGCUCCUUAAACCUGAAAGGUUUUCUUGUGCAACCAGCAGCUGCAACUACGUCAAUAAACCCCUUGGGAACUAAAGAAGUUAUAUCGAAACCAUUUCCUGUUGAGCUCCCUUCGGCGGAGUCUACAGCUAGAAUUAAUCAAAGUAUGGCCUCAUCCAUAACUAGGCCGUCUAGCCAUCUCAGGCCUAAUAACCUAGAACCAGCUAAUUUAUCACCGACAAAAGGUUUAACGUCCGAAAACACUUCCCACACCCCUUGGAAGAUUAUAGACAAUCCGUUUAAGCUAAAGCAAACCACGGCGGAUAACGAUCCUGUGUCCCUUAGGUGGGAACAUUUAUACAUGAAUCAGCAAGACGUUCGAAGAUUCAAUUGGCUUUCAAUGUGUACGCCGGGGGCUCUUCCACUCACUUUUAGUUAUUUCCCUUCGCUGGAGGAACUUAACGAUAAUUUUGAAGAAUACACCUAUACAGUUGGAAUUGAUCCUGAAAUCACUGAUAUGAACCAGCAGGAUCUUCUGACUGAAAUGAUUUGUCAACGAUUAUCUCGAGGAUAUCAAAUUGUCGUGAAUCCUGUAACAUCUAUUUAUUUGAAUGAGCCUUCGAGCUCGGUCAUUAAAGAAAAUACACAUAACUUUAAUACAUUUAUGUCAACGGCUAACGAAGUCGGGAGUAACACUGUUUACCUUGCCUUAGGAGACAGUCAAUUUCAUUGUCUUUCUUGUGAUUCUGUUGGGUAUAAUAUUGAAGUUAAGCGAUAUGUAAAAAAGGUUUCAGGGCACGGCAAGAUGAAGUAUGACUAUUAUAUUUGGUCCAAGAACACGCAUGAUUACGUUCCAUCUAGUAUAACCUUUAAUGCUAAUGAUACUGCAAACUACAAUUGGAAUUAUGUCGAUCAACUAAUUAGUGGUUUUGAAACUUACUUACCCGAUUCAGUUAAGUAUUGGAGAGCAAGAUUCGUAUUAAUUCCUACGGGCAACUUUUCUCCAAAUGUUAUACAAAAAUUUCAAACAUUGGAACAAGAUAGUUAUACGGAAGAAGAAUUGAGAGUCGAAGGCGUGUAUAAGUUAUGUGAAAUUUUACGUCGAGGAGAAUUUGAUCCUAUGAAUGAAAAUUCGAAGAAGACACCGCAGGUCACUUCUGCAAAUUCUCUCGGAAUCAAGUUUACCACCCUAUCUUUAAGAGAUUACAUAAAUUCUGAAUUGGAAGCUAUUACCAAUGACUCCAACCGUAAUGGAAAAUCACUAUUGAUGCCGAAUAAACACUUGACUACUGGAAUAGACAACUACACGUUAGCUAAGGAAAUGCAAGGGUUGAAUGGUUUGAAGAUAGAUGAUAUAACUUGGCACUACCGUGUUUACGAGAACUGCUUUCUGGGGAGUGAAUUUGUCUCAUGGAUAGUAAAUACGUUUAUUGAAAUAAAUACCAGAGAAGAAGCUUUGAGUUUUGGCAACAAAUUACUAGAAAAUGGUUUAAUUGAGCAUAUUAGGAAAAAGCACCCAUUACUUGACGGACACUACGUUUAUAGAUUAUCUUCUGAGUUUAAUACAAAGCCAAUGUCUACCCGUCCUUACAGGAGUUGGUUUAAUCGAAAGAAAGAAAAUCAUUCUAAAGAUUCAAAUAAUCAGAAUUCUUUUAAAGAAGGACCUUUGAGAAUUGAACUUUCAAGGCAAAUUUUAUUUGAUGCGGACCCUGAACGGAGACACGGCCGUUCGGAGAUGGUAACUUUACAUUAUGAUCUACUUCAUAACCCAAAUACUUGCUUUCAUCUUCGAAUUGAAUGGCUUUUAGCUACUGCAAGCGUCAUAGAAAACAUGCUUCAAUCGUGGUCCAGAAUCCUUGAACGUUAUGGUUUGGCUUUGGUCGAAGCACCUAUUCAUGAAGUUUCAGCAGUUGCAGAACUAAAUCCUUUCAAUCAGGUGUCGGUGAUCAAACUUGGAGUUGAACCACCACCGCUUCCAGAAUAUGUAUCUUAUCCUGCCAAUCAUAAUUACCCAAAGAAGUGGUGGUGCAUUCAGAUUCUAAAAUACUUCGAUUUCAUUCUUGAUAGUGAGGAAAGCAAUGUUUUUCCACAGAUGGUAACAGCAGUAUAUUCAUGGGGAAAACCAAGCUUUCGGUACGUACAAUACAUCCACAAGACAGGAAGUGUGUUAGUACAAAUUGACGACAAUCUGCAGUUCUUGUGGCUACCUAACUUACUACAUAAUUCCAAGGCGGGUAAAACAAACUUUAACAAAAGCAAUAAAGGUCAAAAUGUGUCUUUGAAAAAAACAGCUGAGGAACUCAAGCACUCCUUCAAGAAUUUUUGCAACAAUUGUGAAGAGCUGAACCGCUUUUAUUAUACUGUUGCGAAUUCUAAGGAAGACCGUCGAAGCAUCGCUUCUGUAUCGAGCAUACUAUCUGGGGACGAAAAUGACCCUAAUGUAUUGCACUAG